UGCUACUCACGCAGAUAGAAUGGAAGCCAAGCUUGGCCGAAGACCUUUUCCUUAUGAACUUUUCCAUAAGACCCACACUAGGAAAGGCACCUCCGAUAUGGUUGAUUCACGAGCGCAAUCAAUUAAGGAUGCAUUUUUGGCGCUUAAGGAGCAGUCGUCUCAACCACAAGAGGGGUGCAAUGACCCUCCUAUUGUAGAUGAGGUCGCACUAUAUUAUCAAGUUGUGGGGGGGGAGAAGAAGAACAGGGUUUAUGGCAUUGGAUCUCAAGCAUCAAUUUUUUACCCUAGCUCAUCACAUGGAUCAUCUUCUACUGCAUCCUAUUGCGCUCAGUCGGAGGCAAUGGAGGAAGAGAUUCAACAAUUGCAUCGAUCAAGGAUAGGCAUAUUUUUCUUUAAGCUUGGAGAGUCCUCGUUCAAUGAGAGUAGAGGAAGAGAAGUAGUAAUAAGACUAAGGAAUUUUGAUAUUCUGGUAGCUGGGUAUGAAGAUAGUCAUGCCUUUGCCCAUGCAGCAUCUAUUCCUUAUUCCAUAAAGGCUGAGCUGUUGCAAAGAAUUCACGCUUUUCCUGUUCAAGCUGCUGUUUGA